AACAGCGCAUAUUGGUGAUCACCAUGUCGCACACCAUGUCGCGACUCGCGUCUACGUGCAGUCGCGUGGCGCACACAUAACACAUAAGAAUCAAACACAUAAGAAUUCUUAUGUGUUAUGUGGUGGCGCAGUGAUUGAAACGCAGUUUCUCGUGCGUGAGCGUGCCUGGCUGUGUUGACAGGAGUUCAUUUGCAAUUUGUCUUUAUUUUUACAAUGGGUUCGGAAGAGCAGCUAAUAGAGGGGAGGAGGCAAAAAAUCUAUAGGGAUGCACGUCGACGACAACAAAAAUGCCUGAGAAGUGGAGCCGCUCCAGAGAACGUCAAGCUCUGGAGGUUUCAAAAGCAAAUGUAAUUUCUCGAUCCCUUUAUGUCAACUGGACCACGAGAAGGAAAUAUUGUUGUCGAUAGCGAUGAUGACUCAAGAAUUUUUCCAGAAACGGCAGAAACUGUAAACUUGGAAAAUGACGGAAUUGCACGUGAAGAGGAAGAGUGCUUACAAUUCGGUCCUGCUGAAGAUGCUUCUCAAAUUCUUGAAGAAUGUAAUGAUGUUGAACUCCCGCCCAGCGUUGCUAAAAAUGCGACCAAUACUCAAAGCACGAAACGUCCAGCAGCUUUAAGAGCUAAUUCCAUGCAAGUUACGCACAAGAAAAAGCGAAGCAAUAAAGACGAUUUAUGUGACACCCUAAGACAAUCUAUACAACAGCGAAAUGAGAGGGCACGACAACGAGCGGACGAUAGAAAAACGUUAUUACAACAAAACAGUAACUUCGAUGACCCCCUUUAUAACUUUUUUAUAUCGAUGUAUCAGCUUACAAAAAAGAUGCCACCCAAAUAUCAACACAAGGUCAGAGGUCAAGUUUACAAUUCAGUAGCCGAAGCAGAAGCAGAUAUUAUGUACCCCCCAUCUGACCGACCAUUCUGCAAUCUCUUUUCACGAUUUCUCUUCACGUAGCAAUACAUCAAAUCCUUCUUAUGCAAUUUCACCCCAUUAUCAGCCUCUGGAACCAGUCCAUACCAGUUUCCCUAAUGAUCAGGAAGGACAUCUAGAAAAUGAGCAAACAAGCCAUCAACACAGAAUAAACGAUCUCAUGAUCUCUGAGAUCGUUUAUUCUGUGCCAUCACCCUACAUCCGGAAGUUCGCUGGUUAAUUUCAUAGAGCGAUUUCAAUAAACUUUCACACUUCUUUUCUAUGCAAUUUACCUAUUUAUGAUUGUUCAAUAA